AUGGCAGCCUCCACCACCCAAAUUCUUGCCACACUGUUUCUUCUCCUCGGCCUCAUUGCCCAUGGCAAAGCUACUAACUGUUCGUUAAGGGACAUAUCAGUGAGCCAAAGUAAGACAGGAGCGAUUGUGCAGAACAAACCAGAAUGGAUGGUGACGAUAGAGAACAAGUGUACGUGCGUUCAGUUGAACCUGAAGUUGAAGUGCAAUGGUUUUCAGACAGUGGAGAACAUUGAUCCUUCUGUGUUCCAGGUCUCAAGCGAUGGUCUUUGUCUGGUUAAUAAUGGCCAACCUGUUUAUACCAAACCAAUCACUUUUAAAUAUGCUUGGGACAACUCUUUCCCUUUGACUCCUAGUUCCUCCACCAUCGCUUGUUCUUAA